CAAAAAGCAAAAAGGAGUAUUAUUUGGGGGUAUGGGGGGGCAAGAGCCAUGAUAUUCACAUAAUUUCAUAAUUGAGAUUACUGACCUGACAUAAAGUCAUGGUUGAACUCACCACUCCCACUACCCCUCAUUUUCUCCCCUUUCUAUAUAUUCCCCACCACCCUGCCUCUUCACUUCUUAAUUAUCAUAAAAAUCUCUCCCUUCUCUCUUUCUUUCUCCAUACAGAAAAGCUUGUUCUCUUUCACUCUUCCUCUCCCCCAAUUUUUUAGUUCCCACACAAGUUCCUUAAAAUAACAAAAACACUUUAGUUUUGUGUUAAUACAACUUACAAGCACAAAAAUUAGAGAGAUGACAAUUGAAAAGGAAGAUUUGUUGGGUUUGAGUUUAAGCUUAAGCUUCCCUCAAAAUCCCCCAAAUCCUCAACCCUCUUCAACUCGUUCCUCUUCACCUUCUGGUUACAAUCCACACAAACUCUCUUGGAAUGAUGCUUUCACUUCUUCAGAUCGUGAUUCGGAAACAUGCAGAGGAGAAGGAAGAUCUUUAGUACUAGUGGGAGGAAUCGAUGUGAAUCGGUUACCUUCGGGAGGAGAUUGUGAAGAAGAAACAGGGGUUUCAUCUCCGAACAGCACGGUAUCGAGUGUGAGUGGUAAACGUAGUGAAAGGGAUGUUACUUGUGAAGAUAUUGAGAUGGAGAGAGAUGGUUGUAGAGGAAUCAGUGAUGAAGAAGACGCUGAAACUUCUAGGAAAAAACUUAGACUCACAAAAGAUCAAUCAAUCAUUCUCGAAGAGAGUUUCAAAGAACACAACACCCUCAACCCCAAACAAAAGUUGGCACUAGCAAAACAAUUGGGUCUUAGAGCAAGACAAGUUGAGGUGUGGUUUCAGAAUCGUAGAGCAAGGACAAAGCUGAAACAAACGGAGGUGGAUUGUGAGUUUUUGAAAAGGUGUUGUGAGAAUCUAACGGAGGAAAAUAGGCGGUUACAAAAGGAAGUACAAGAGCUAAGAGCACUGAAACUUUCCCCACAAUUCUACAUGCAAAUGACUCCACCUACAACACUUACCAUGUGCCCAUCUUGUGAGCGUGUAGCUGUUCCACCAUCUACCGUUGAUGUUGCCACGCGUCGUCAUCCUAUGGUUCCAACUCAUCCUCGGGCUUUUCCUAUGGGCCCAUGGGCCACAACUGCUCCUAUUCAACAACAACACAGGCCCUUUGAUACACUCCGUCCUAGAUCUUGACGUGUACGUUUUAACAAAGACAAAAUUUUAAGAAAAAAGAAAAACGGUUGUAAGUUAAGAAUUGGAACAGCGUUUCAUGAAUUAUGUGGAUCAAAUCAAAGACUGGUCUAAGAUACGGUGGUUAGAAGAAAUGAUUUUGUGGGUCUCUAAUGUUUUGUUUAUUUGACCCAUUGUCUUCUUUAGGUUUUGGGGGGCAUGACCUAUUCUAGUCUAGUUUAUUUAGUUAGGAAUUUUAGUUUCUAAAUACUGUACUUAUCUUUCAUCCUAUUAUUAAUCGGAGAUUUGUGUAAAGUGAAGUUGAUCUAAUUAACUUAAGUAUAGUUUUCCUAUUUUAGAA